AUGGUCGUUUUCCCAAAAUCGCUGUCUCCGAAACACGUCCUCAAGCUUUUGAAAUCGGAGAAGAACCCGCGUGAGGCGUUUGCUCUAUUCGACUCGGCGACUCGCCAUCCAGGCUAUGCACACUCCGCCGUCGUCUUCCACCAUAUCCUCCGACGUCUCGCGGAGGCGCGGAUGGUUACCCACGUGGGUCGGGUCGUCGAGCUCAUUCGGUCACAGGAAUGCAAGUGCGACGAAGAUGUCGCUUUAUCGGUUAUCAAAACAUACGGAAAGAACUCAAUGCCCGAUCGAGCUCUGGAUGUUUUCCAGCGAAUGCGGGAGAUUUUCGGGUGCGAGCCUGGGAUUCGGUCGUAUAACUCUCUGCUCAGUGCGUUCGUGGAGGCGGAGCAAUGGCCUAAAGUCGAGUCCUUGUUUGCCUACAUCAAAACAGAGGGUUUGGCGCCAAAUCUGCAGACGUAUAAUGUUUUGAUCAAGAUGCCAUGCAAGAAGAAGCAGUUCGAGAAAGCAAAAGACCUUCUGGAUUGGAUGUGGAGAGAAGGUUUGAAGCCGGAUGUGUAUAGCUACAGCACUGUGAUCAACGAUCUUGCUAAAGCUGGGAACUUGGGUGAUGCAUUGAAACUGUUCGAUGAAAUGUCUGAGAGAGGAGUGGCGGCUGAUGUUACCUGCUAUAAUAUAUUGAUUGAUGGGUCUCUUAAGAAAAGGGAUCACAAGAUGGCUAUGGAACUGUGGGAAUCACUGUUGGAGGACUCGUCUGUUUAUCCGAAUGUCAAGACUCACAACAUCAUGAUUAGUGGUUUGAGCAAGUGCGGAAGAAUAGAUGAUUGCUUGAAGAUAUGGGACAGAAUGAAACAGAAUGAGCGAGAAAAAGAUUUAUUUACAUAUAGCAGUAUGAUACAUGGGCUGUGUGGUGUGGGAAGUGUUGAUAAGGCGGAAACUGUGUUUAAAGAGUUGGUCGAAAGUAAGGCCUCUAUCGAUGUGGUUACAUACAAUACUAUGCUUGAUGGUUUUUGCCGUUGUGGGGAAAUUAAGAAGAGUUUGGAGCUAUGGAGAACCAUGGAGAAGAAGAAUUCAGUUAACAUAGUGAGUUAUAACAUUUUGAUAAAAGGGUUGUUGGAGUAUGGGAAGAUCGACGAAGCAACAAUGAUUUGGAAGCUUAUGCCUGCGAAAGGCUACGCAGCUGACAGCACAACAUAUGGUGUUUUUAUUCAUGGGUUAUGCGUGAAUGGUUACGUAAAUAAAGCCUUGGCAGUAAUGAAAGAGGUUGAGAGCGGAGGUGAGCAUCUUGAUGUUUAUGCGUAUUCGUCAAUUAUAGACUGUUUGUGCAAAGAGGGAAGACUAGAAGAAGCAUCGAAUUUGGUAACAGAGAUUAGUAAGCAUGGCGUGGAGGUGAAUUCUCAUGUCUGUAACGCAUUAAUGGGUGGUUUAAUCCGAGACUCGAGACUUGGUGACGCCUCAUUUUUCCUUAGAGAGAUGGGGAAGAACGGUUGUUGGCCGAGUGUUGUUUCUUACAACAUUCUUAUUGACGGUUUGUGUAAAGCAGGAAAGUUUGGGGAAGCAUCAGCUGUUGUGAAGGAAAUGCUUGAAAACGGGUUGAAACCAGAUCUGAGAACUUAUAGUUCACUUUUGGACGGUCUUUGUAAAGACAGGAAGAUGGAAUUAGCCCUUGCACUGUGGCACCAAUCUCUUCAAUCAGGUCUAGAACCCGAUGUGAGGAUGCAUAACAUUCUAAUUCAUGGCCUGUGCUCCGUUGGGAAACUCGAUGAUGCAAUGAAUGUAGUGGCGAACAUGAAGCAUCGGAAUUGCGUUGCAAGCCUCGUCACCUACAACACCUUGAUGGAAGGAUUCUUCAAAGUUGGAGACAGCAACAGAGCGACAGUGAUUUUGGGUUACAUGUACAAGAUGGGGUUGCAGCCUGAUAUAAUAUCCUACAAUAUCAUACUGAAAGGGUUGUGUAUGUGCAGAAGAGUGUCUUAUGCUAUCGAAUUCUUUGAUGAUGCUAGAAACCAUGGCAUUUUUCCAACUGUUGUCACCUGGAACAUACUUGUUCGAGCUGUCGUGAAUCGGUAA